AGACGACCAAGGGAAUCAGGAUGAGCGAUGGAUCCGGGGAACGAAGGUCGAAGGGAGAGACGUCGAGACCCUCGGCAGACAGUCGCGGGUGCUUUAAGUGCGGGGAAGUCCGGCACUACGCGAGGGAUUGUGCUAAGUAUUGGCAGUCUCGGGCAUUGGGACGAACGUUUGUUCCCACACCAUACGUACCUGGUGGGGCGCGUAUGGAGGACAUCGUCGCAGGACAGUGGUGCACGGCGGAGUCACUUAGUGGAGAGCAGCGGGGAUCGGACAAUACCGGAGGAUACUAAAGCACUGAUGAAGGAGUAUUUCCUACAAUUGGUCGAGGAAAGGAGGGAACGGAUUGAGAAGGAAGCACGGGAAGAACGUAAGAGAGUUGAAGAAGGGACUCGUGUGGAGAAAGAGAAGAAACGACUGGAACGAUUAUGCGAGAAACAACAAUAUGAGGAAGACAGAGACGCUCGUUUGUUAAGCUUGAUUGACGCAAGGAUGAUGAGAGAACAGGAGGAUAGACGUAGUCAGGGGGAGACAGUCGUAAGACCAACGAAGAAGGUUAACGAGUUCGGAGAGACUAUCGAGGAGAAGAAGGAAAGAUUGAGACGGACACUCACUUUGCAGGAGAGUUUUGAUGCGGACGAAGAAUUCCUAUUGUUGCGGAAGAAAGCAGUUGGGCUGAGAAUCCAAGACAAGCGGAAGCAUGGUAAAGAAGUAGCGGUCCGGAACAACCCGCCUAUGACAACGCCAAAGAAGCGCACCCUUACGACCUUAACAGAUGAAUCAAGGCGUGGGAUCGAGGAAUUGCAGAACGUGCAACCGGAGGACCAACCAAUUUUCAGGAACGCCUCGGAAAAUCGACCUGACCUUGAAGCAUAUCUCGACUUCCUGUGGGCCUGGUGGGAAAGAAAGAUACGAGAAGGAGGUGCGGCGAUUUCUACGAUGCUUUGACGAUCAAUUAACUGAAGGAAGUUUGCAAGAGGGAGAAAGUGAACUAUGGGAAGCGAGAAGCGACGAUCAAGCGAUUGGUG